AUGAAUAAGCAUAUAACAAGAUUUUGUCAACAACUUCGAGCAAAACCAGUCUCAUCACUACGUAGAUCAAAUGCAACACUCAGAUCAAUCAGAAAUUAUUCACAGUACAACUAUAACAAAACAUAUGCAAAUUAUAAUCCACCUAAAAAAACAUCAUUAUUCAAAAAAUUCUUAUACACAACAGCGGGAUUAACUGUAUUAACAGGAUAUGUAUAUUAUAUGUGGUGGCCAAAACAUACUUUCCCAAGUUCAGUAGCUAAAAUUUUAAGAAAGGGACUAUGGGCAGAGAGUGAUAAAGGAGAAAAUGACUAUCAAUUAGCAUUAAAAUAUUAUUUAGAAGCUUUAGAGCAUUGUCAAGAAAUUGGAAUGGAUCCAUUAAGUGAUGAAUAUACUGGUAUACAAUUAAAAAUUGGUGAAAUGUUUGAAAGAUUAGGGAUGUUGAGUGAUGCAUCUUUCAUAUAUAAUGAAAUUGCUACCUUAUAUUUAAGCGUAUUAACAGCAAAAUCAUCAAAAGAUCAAGAACAAGGUCCUAGUAAAAUUAAAAAUCGAGAUCAUAGAAGACAUUUAAUUCAAAAAGAUUUAAGAAUUGCUAUAAAAUUAGUAGAGUUAAACAAGAGUAAUCCACAAUUUUGUAAAGCCAUAUUGGUAACUCAUUUAAUUAUUGCACAAGAUGAAAUCAAUAAGUUAAUGAAUUAUAAAGAUAACAAAUUAAAUUUAAUAACAAAAGUAAAUCAAAAUGAUGAUCAACAAAAACAAAAAGAAGGAAAAGAAAGUUUUACUGCAACUUUGGAUAAUGACAGAAUAUUAAUCAAUGAUUCACAAGGUAAUGAAGUUGCACAGAUUAAAAAGACACCAGAAGUUUGGGAACCUUUCACUGAUGAAUUUUUCAAUGCAAUGGAUUUAUUAAGUGCUAUAUGUAUAUCAACCGGAGAUUUAGCAAUGGCAUCAAAAGUUAAAAUAGCAAUGACUGAAGCUAUGUUAUUAGCUGAUGUAGAACCUGGUGAAAUGCUUUUGAGUCAAUGUAAUUUAGGCUCAUUAUUAUACAUGCAAGCAGAAGAAUUGGAAGCACAAGAAAUAUCACUUAAAAGAAAAUUCAGCGAAAUUUCAGGAAUAGAUUUCAAAACAUUAAAUCAAGACACCCUAUCCAACCAAACAACAGAAAAAUUAUCAACUGAAAUAACAAAAGAAGAUCAACAAAUAUUCAACAAAAUCUUAAAGACGAGAGAAAUUUGUUUACAAUUAUCAAUAAAGUCUUAUGAAUCAGUGUUAGAAUUUGCAAAAUCAAUACCUCAAGAUAUAAUAAAACAAAAUAAUCAAAUUAAUGAAACUGUCGCAUUAGCCACUUAUGGAUUGGGAGUUAUAAAUUUACAUUUAUCAAAAUAUGAUAAAGCUGAAAGAUUAUUGAGAGAAUCAAGAGUAAGAUCUAAAGCUUGUGAUUAUGAAUAUCUUUUACCUGAAAUCGAAAGAGAAUUAAACAAAUUGUUUGAAGAGAAGAAAAAUCUAAAAUUGACUGGGUUCAAGAGUGGUAACAAGGAUGAUACCAAUCCUAAGACUAUAGAAAUGGAUAUACAUAUGAAGUAA